AGGGUACCGGCUUGGGAGUGCAGGUCUGCAUAAAGUCCAGUCCAAGCGAUAGUUGUGUAACAGCGUCGUUGAAGGGCUCGGCGACGUCCCUUUGCGGCGUCCUCCUCCGUGUGCGUACCGCCCCCAGAACGCUGAACUCCCAGUGCAGGGCCGAAAGCGCUCCCGUUCUUGACAAGGUCGCAGUGGCAUCGCGUGGGGCUGCGCAACGUCCCUCUGCAGCGCCCCCUUCUCUGUACGCACAGCUCCGGAAGCAAACAUCUCCUUCCAGAGGGGAAAGCUCCCUCAGUUUUUGACCAGCACAGCUAGAAGAAGGUCUGCCGACCAAUCUCGGUAAGAGGUUUUAGCAUUGUACAUGUACAGUAAAGUGGUGUCUAGUUUGCACAUCUGCGUUCACACCGGUUUACAAUUGUGUUGAGAAACACAACCUGCUUGGAGAAGUUUCGCUCGUUGCACAAUAAGCAUGGCUUUGUGGCCCAUCAUCUGCUUGUCACUGGCAACCCUGACGGCCGGAAAAACCGUGCCUCACUGGCCCGAACCACCCUUGCCAUGGGGCGAUAAGGUACAGUGCCAGAAGCAGGCAAUUGACAAUGGAUACUUCCCUAGGACACUCUCUGGAAAGCAGCUGUCUAACCCUAUCCUUGUAACUCCAAUUUGCAAUGAGGGAUACAUACCAGUUGCCACUACAGUAUGUCAAGCCGAUGGAAGAUGGAACCCUGUUCCAGAAAUGCCGUGCGUUCCCCAAUGGUUUGACACCUGUCCUGAAAAGAUCACGUCGCGCAAAUGGGUUAAAUACGACUAUGACUCACAAAAAAAUAGCGAUGUGUGUAUGUGCAAAGAUGGCUCCUUUCCUUAUGGCAAGGGCUGUGUGGAGUACAAGAAGGGCGUGGAUCAAUGCCAGACUCUCGGCUUUGUGUGCAGCCAUCACGAAGCUUGCCUUGAAAAUGGAGCGAACAAUUAUACCUGCAACGUUGUCAGCAUUGAAGAAGAGCAUUCUUUAAGGGAGUGUGCGGGAAUCAAAUUUCGAUUCAGUAACAGGAUCAGCACGUACUCUCAAGCUGUCUUCUCAUGCCGUCUUUCCAAAAUGAUUCUAAUGGAUCUGGCCUUUACUAAUGUCCACUUUAAUGGUGACGCCUUGGAGUGCUUUGCAAAUAUUCUUUCUCAGACAUGGAUCAGCGAACAUCAUUAUGCCCAAUUCAGUAACGCAGGUAUUACGCGUCAUAGCGCGGAGAAUAAGGGACAUCUAUUUGCCUGUGUGCCUGUUGAUUACAGGAACAAAAUCGACGGGAAACAACUUGAACUGGCAUUUAGUACCGCGGCGCAGGAUUGUGGAGGUGGCAUAGUCCUGCGUGCCAUACAUGACAAAAUGUCUCGCUCGUUCAACGAGGCGACGACGGCGUGCCAACAACUCGGCUACGCCAUACCGGGACCGAAUCACGUUAAAUGUAUGAGAAAUUUUGCAAAAGGGCUGGCACACGCUGAGACACUGGUGUUGAAAGCACAAUACCUAAAACAGGGCAAAGAUCAUCACGUGAUUCAUAUCUAUGUGAAGACCGCCUGGGUAGGGUGGUCACAUGGUCACGCUCGUGCUUUCUACGGCACUGAUUUGAAGGUACAUCCUCAAGACGAUAAGCUACCUCUGACCAUCUGUGAAACCCGCCGAGUCUAGGCCCUGUCAUCUUGCACUCGUGCCGACCUCGGGCAUUCGGGUCAGAGACAGCAUGUGAAAGGAGGAACGAGAAUGGUAGCUCUGUCGCGGGGUAACCUUUGCUCGCGGCUGCUGGUAUGCGUUGUGACCACCGACGGGGUGACAGCACGGUCGCGGAAUCAGGCCGCUCCGUUUCUAAGUUUUCUCCGAUCAUGAUUUGUACUGGACAGCCUUACCCCUUGACAGUGUACUGAUCUGUGCACGUUCUUCCGUGUGAUCUGCAUGUACAUGCAUAAUAAAUUUCAAUGCGUUGCUAUUAUUUUAGCCCCAAGCCUUUUUUUCCUUUCUCAUUCCGCCUGACGUCUGAAUAUUGUGUUGCAAAUAGCGUCUAUUAAUCCUUCUUUAGGAUAUCGUAGCAUGUGGCAUUGUUCUCUCGUCCCUCUUCUGACUUUUCUGAAUGCAAUUUAAAGA